AUGGCGACUGUCCGUGUCUGCGUCUGCGGCGAUGAGAGCACGGGAAAGUCGAGCCUCAUCGCCUCUCUCGUCAAGGACCAGUUCAUAAGCAACAAAAUCCAGCCGGUGCUUCCCCAAAUCACCAUCCCGCCGAGCAUCGGAACGCCGGAGAACGUGACGACGACGAUUGUCGACACCUCGGCCCGUCCCCAGGACCGGACGACGCUGCGAAAGGAAAUCCGAAAAUGCAACGUCAUCCUCCUGGUCUACGCCGACCACUACAGCUACGAGCGAGUCGCCCUCUUCUGGAUGCCCUACUUCCGGUCGCUCGGCGUCAACGUGCCCGUCGUCCUGUGCGCCAACAAGUCGGACCUCGCGAGCCAGGGCAGCACGCCUCAGAUUGUCGACGAGGAGAUGCUGCCCGUCAUGGCCGAGUUUCGCGAGAUCGACUCGUGCAUCCGGACGAGCGCGCGGGAGCACAAGAACAUCAACGAGGUCUUCUUCCUCUGCCAAAAGGCCGUCACCCACCCCAUCGCCCCGCUCUUCGACUACAAGGAGGGCCACCUCAAGCCGGCCUGCGUCGCCGCCCUGAGCAGGGUCUUCCUCCUCUGCGACCGGGACCAGGAUGGCCUGCUGAACGACCAAGAGAUGUGCGACUUUCAGACGCGCUGCUUCGGCAAGAGCUUGACGAGCGACGACCUCGACAACAUCAAGCUGUCCAUCGCCAAGUCGCUUCCGAACCAUCGGCUGACCGACCGCGGAAUCGACCUCGCGGGCUUCCUGCAGCUGAACAAGCUGUACGCCGAAAAGGGCCGGCACGAGACGAUAUGGAUCAUCCUGCGCAAGUACCACUACACCGACAGCCUGAGCCUCGAGGACAAGUUUCUCCACCCCAAGUUCGAGGUGCCGGAGCACUCGUCGGCCGAGCUCAGCCCGGCCGGCUAUCGCUUCUUCGCCGACCUGUUCCUGCUCUUCGACAAGGACAACGACGGCGGCCUCAACGACGCCGAGCUCGAGGCCCUCUUCCUGCCGACGCCCGGCCCGCCCGCCUCCUGGCUCGACUCGUCCUUUCCCGACUCGACGGUGCGGAACGAGGCCGGCCACGUGACGCUGCAGGGUUGGCUCGCGCAGUGGAGCAUGACGACGUUCCUCGAGGCCAAGACGACCAUCGAGUACCUCGCCUACCUGGGUUUCGAGCCGCAGAACGCCAAGGACCCCAUCACGGCGGCGCUCAAGAUCACGAAGCCUCGCAAGCGGAGGCGGCGGCCGGGACGUGUGGAGAGAAACGUCGUGCUGUGCUACCUCGUGGGCGCCCCCGGAGCGGGCAAGUCGUCCCUUCUCGACGCCUUCCUCAACCGUUCGUUCGAGGGCCUGCACCGGCCGACGAUCAAGCCCCGCCGGGCGGUGAACGGCGUCGAGCUCCCCGGCGGCAAGCAGGUCUAUCUCAUCCUCGAGGAGCUCGGCGAGCUGGAACCGGCCGUGCUGGAGAACCAGUCCAGGCUGGAGUCUUGCGACCUCAUCUGCUACGCCUACGAUUCGUCCGACCCGGACUCCUUCUCUCACAUUGUCGACAUGCGAUCGAAGCACCCGCACCUCGACGGGCUGCCCUCGGUCUACACCGCCCUCAAGGCCGACAAGGACAAGACGACGCAGCGGAGCGAGCUGCAGCCAGACCAGUACGCGUCGUCGCUCAGCAUGAACCACCCGCUGCACGUGAGCGUGACGUGGAACAGCAUCAGCGAGCUCUUUGUCACCCUCGCCGAGACGGCGACGAGCCCGAGCCUCGGCUUUCCCAAGACGGAGGAGGAGACGCCCGACCGGACGAGCCUCUACAUGGCGCUGGCGGCCACGGCAUGCGCCGCCAUCGCCGCCGUCAUGAUUUGGCGGCGAUCGACGAACGCGGCGUAG